CCAGGAGGCUCCUUGACGCCGUCCAUCUUGCGCAUCGGACCGUUUCUACGAGGAGUUACUGUCUCACGUCUCACUAUGGAAUCACAACCUCUUCAACCGCAGCAGGGCGACCUGAACUGGCGUCUCAGCUCCCAUCCCAUCACCCUAAUGUUCUUCCUGGGCUUCCGCAUCAGCGCCUUGCUGAUGUAUCUCUUUGGCGUGCUCUUCAUCAAGAACUUUGUCCUUGUCUUCAUCCUCACCCUUCUCCUCCUCUCCGCCGACUUCUACUACCUCAAGAACAUCGCCGGCCGUCGCCUCGUCGGCCUCCGUUGGUGGAACGAAGUCAACACUUCCACCGGCGACUCGACCUGGGUCUUUGAGUCCUCCGAUCCCACAACCCGGACCAUCACCGCCACGGAUAAGCGUUUCUUCUGGUUGAGUCUGUACGUGACGCCCGCGCUGUGGAUCGGUCUCGCCAUUCUGGCCAUCAUCCGGUUGAGCAGUGUGAUUUGGUUGAGUCUUGUUGCAAUUGCCCUCGCAUUGACCAUCACCAACACAGUGGCAUUCUCCCGCUGCGAUCGAUUCAGCCAGGCGUCGACAUUCGCGAAUAGUGCGCUUUCCGGGGGCAUUGUGACUAAUCUUGCCGGGGGUCUGCUGGGCAGGCUCUUCAAGUGAGAUAUCACUGGAAAAUUGAAUUGAAUUAUAUUGGGAGUCGGGGAUUCGGAUUCAUGCUGGAUGUGAAUUCGGGGUUCUAUUUUCUGUUUAGUUUGUUCUGAUUCCGGGGGUAGUGGUGUGAGUUUGGGGAAGUAAGUGGUGGAGGAAAGAUGAGAAAGAUGGGAGGGUUUGUCUUGCGGGUUAUAGCGUGUAUGGCUUAGAUUUACUCAAUUGAAUUGU